ACAUGCACACCUACUAUUAUCCUGAGUAUUGUGAUGUUUGGAGAAAAAAGCCUUUUUGUUGGACAGAUAAGAGAGAAUGUAUUCUCUGAUUCUGAGUGGAGAUUAUAUUCUUUCUAUAGUGGUAAAUCCUGGAAUACUUAGCAUGAGGUUGGAAUUAUCCUGGCUGUGUAGCUGGUGGAGAAGGUAGCAUCUGAUACUGAAAAUCCUCCGUAUGGGUUUAACAUGUGUUUGAGAAGUAUUGUAUCUAUAUCUGAUGGGUUGAUAGUUCUGAUGGCAAUCUCUUUUGUAUUGGGGAAGUGAAAGGCUAAGAUCUUUAUGAGAGGGCAUCUCUGAGGAUGGUUUGGGAAGAUGAUGGAAGGUGAAUGAGCCCUUUGUGUUUGUCUGAAGGUGGAGUGUGAAAGUAGGGAAUCUUGGAUGGCUGAUUUUUAGAGUGUGUAAAAGAGUUGCUGCCUUCCCCUGCUUAAACAUAUGUGCUGAACCUUGAUGCUACAAUCCUCUUCCUUUGCUCCCUCCCCCAUCCUUGCAGGAAGUGACUGGGAAAUGGCAGCUGUGUUUGUUGCUUUUUGAAAUGUCCUUUUUAAUCAAAUAUAGUUUCAGUGUUUGGCUCUUCCCAAGCUCCUUGGCUAGAUUAGCUUUGUUCCCCAGCAGCCAACUGGCAAAAGAUCCUGUCAUUUGACUUUAACACCUUUAAAAAAAAGUUAUACAGAUUGUGAUCAUAUAGGUCUUCUAAUUGAAAAAAAAAUAGCAAGGCCUGAUGUGUGAUCCAUAUCUUUGGAUUUAUUCAAGGGUAAUGAUUCUUACAAGUUUUCACAUAUGGCCUUUUGACACUUAAGUGUCCACCCUAGAUUAAACAGGGAUAACUGCUUCCUGUUGCCUUUUUUGGAUGAAAUAUUUCCUCUGGGCUUCUUAUUCUGAAGUUCAUUUUUCAGACAUAGAAACACAUCUUUGCAUGAGUAGAGUUCUAAGGUUGUGCAUGCAAAACUUAAUAGACAAAUAAUCUACUUCCAUUUGAAGUGGAGCUACAGUAAAGCAUUUUUCAUAGAUACUUCCACAGGUCACCUUGGUUGUGCUUCAUGGCAAUAAGCUUGCAUCCAUAUUUAUUUAUAUUUAAUAAAUAAUAUUUAACUGUUUGAUACCCAGCUUUUCAUAAUGGCCUAUGAAUAUAACAAUAUGGUUGUUUUGCAGAGCAAACUAAAUGAUGGAGCAUGGUGGGGAGUGGUGGAUUCUCUACCAGUUCCAAAACCUUGCUUGCUGAGGAGAGAAUAAAUUUGCUAGCAGUUCUCCCCACCUCUUCUAUUGAUUUCAGUGGAAGGAAAAAUGUCUACCUAGUCCAAGAAACAGAGGAAAUGGAGGAAUGAAUCUAGAAGAUCCAAAACUACUGCUUCUUCAUCUCUUAUUGGGUCCUAAUGCAACCUACUGCCAGCAGGAACAUUGAACUUUCCAUGGGUAAAUGGAGGCAAACAACCAUUUUAACUUCACUGGCCUUCCCUCUUCACCUACUGCCUCAGGACUGAAGUCUGCGCCUUCCUCAGGGGACAACAUCUACACAAAUGGCUCUCCCAUGAAUUUCCCACAGCAAGGGAAAAGUUUGAAUGGAGACAUGAAUGUUAAUGGCUUAUCUACUGUAUCUCAUGCUAGUACUUCAGGGACCCGCUCCUCAACCAACUCUCAACUCCACCAUCCCUAUGACUAUCUCUGGAACUACUCUCAAUAUCCAUCUGGCAAUGGCAACAACCUCAAGGACAGUCCACUAUUUUCCCAGUAUCCAGUGAAUGGUACUGUUGGUGGCAAUCGGCAAGGCUCACCAGGGCACACCACGAAUCUGAGGGGAGGUAGCGGGCAAGAAUUCUGGGCCAAUGGCACUCCAGGGGCCAUGGGACUAAACUUUGACUCAACAGAGCUGUAUGACUCAUUCCCUGACGAUCAGAAUUUUGAACUCCUGCAAAAUGGCCCAUCCAGCUUCUACACAUCAUCUCAGCCUUCCCCCAUGCUUGGCUCAGGCAGUCAGAACUUUUCUCCACAGCAGGAUGAGCCAAGUAGUGAAGAGACUGUAAAAGAAACUUCAUCUACUGUCUCAGAAAAUGGUGCAAGGUUGUUGGGCAGCAUGGAGCUGGAGAGCACACAGCCAGAGUUGAAAAUGUGUGGCUACAAUGGUUCUUCUCCAGUCGGUGAACCUCUCAGCCAGGAAGCCUCUGUCUUGGAGCCUAAUGCUGGAGGUGCUUGCAUAGAAGAAGCUUCUCGGAUCCCUCCUCCUCUGGAGGACUCCUUGGAGCCUUUUGAGUCAUUGGACAGAGAUCCGGGGACAGGAGAUCUCUAUGAGAUGGAUACAUCUGAGUUGGUAAGUGGCAAGUCCCCGCUGGAGGACCCUCCUGACAUCUCAGCCCUGGAUUGCCCUGGCAGCCCCUCUCUCAACCACUCGGACUCCUUCAGCUUAUUGGCAGAUGAUAGUCAGCCUGACACCUCACUUUUUGGAAGUGCCAAUUUGCCACCUGUUCUUGGAGAGUCUGUUUUGCAAGACAGCAGCCUGGAAUUGACAGGCGUGAAUGAAGUGGGGCAGGGGAGCACAGUCUUUCUAGAUUCACAAGCACCACUUGAACAAGAAGCUCUGGAUACCCCCAUGGCAGAGGCAGCCAAGAAUAGCUGCCUAGAAGAUCUUGCAUCCAUGAUAGACAGAAACGACAAAGAAGUCUCUGUACUCAGUGUAUCAGCUAAAAGUGAUGUUCCAAGAAGGCGGAUAGCCACAGUGGAAGAGGUGCGCUACCCCUUAAAACACGGAUGGCGAAGGGAGGUGCGCAUCAAGAAGGGCAGCAGCCGCUGGCAGGGAGAAACUUGGUACUACGGACCGUGCGGCAAGAGGAUGAAGCAGUUUCCAGAGGUGAUAAAGUACCUGAGCAGAAAUGUUGUGCAGAAUGUCCGUCGUGAACACUUCAGCUUCAGUCCACGAAUGCCAGUAGGGGAAUUUUUUGAAGAGCGGGAUUCACCUGAGGGUCUGCAUUGGGUCAAGUUGACACCUGAAGAAAUUCCCUCACGUAUCCAAGCCAUCACAGGCAAGCGAGGCCGCCCCCGCAAUACUGAGAAAGCCAAAGCUAAGGAAAUGCCCAAGGUGAAACGUGGCCGUGGCAGACCUCCCAAAGUGAAAGUGCCUGACCUGCUGAGCAAGACAGAUGCCCGGGUUCUGAAAAAACUGGAAGCUCAAGAGGUGCUCAGUGAUGAAGAUAAACUGAAGAUGAGCAAACUCAAAAAGAAAAUGAGGCAAAAGGUACAAAAUAAGCAGAAGCAGGAAGCCAAGACACAGAAGCAGGAAGCCAAGGUACAGAAACCGAAGGAAGUCAAGACUAAAGAAGUCAAAAAGAAGCCUAAGCCCCAAACAAAGAAGGAAAAAAACAAGCAAGAAAAGAAUAAGCCAGAGAAGCUAAAAGAGAAAGUAAAGGUAAAAGAAAAGGUGAAGCCCAAGGAAAAGAAGGUAGUAACAUCAGCAAAGGUUCCUCGGAAGGUUGAUAAGAACGCUCUUGCCCAGAGACGGCAGGAAGAACGACAGCGACAGCAAAUGAUCUUGGAGGAGAUGAAGAAACCCACUGAGGAUAUGUGCCUAGGGGACCACCAGCCUAUGCCAGAAUUUUCUCGCAUCCCUGGAUUGGUUUUGCCUAGUCAAGCCUUCUCAGACUGCUUAGCCAUUGUGGAAUUUCUGCAUAACUAUGGCAAGGUGCUGGGCUUUGAUGUAGCCAAGGAGGUUCCCGGUCUGAGUACUUUGCAAGAGGGCCUCUUCAAUGUAGGCGAUAGUUUGGGUGAAGUAUUGGAUCUCCUGGUAAAGCUGGUGAAAGCGGCACUAUACGACCCUGGCCUGCCUUACAGUCAGUCACUGAAGAUUCUUGGUGAGAAACUGUCUGAGAUAAGCCUGAACCGUGACACUGUGUCUGAGGUCCUUCGCUGCUUCCUCAUAGCCUAUGGGGCAGAUGAGAACCUAUGUGGCUGCUUGCACACUAAACCCUUCCAGGCACUGCCCCCAGACAAGAAGGCUGCUGUCCUGGCUUUCUUAGUCAAUGAACUUAACAGCAGUGCCCUUAUUAUCAAUGAAAUUGACAAGACUCUAGAGAACAUGUCCAAUCACAGGAGAAAUAAAUGGAUAAUUGAAGGAAAGUUGCGCAGGUUAAAGAUUGCUCUAGCCAAGAAGACUGGACGUCCAGAGUCAGAAAUCAGUGGUUUGGAGGAAGGGAGGUGGCGACGGAGUUCACGCAUCACCGAGGAGAAUGAGGAUGUGGAAAUGGAGGAGGAAGAGAGAAACAGAACAUACAGGACCUGGAAAGACAAUGAAAAUGACACUUCAUUUUCCAGUGUGCCUGAGCUGGAGAGGCAAAUUGAAAAGCUUUCCAAGCGCCAAAUGUUCUUUCGCAAGAAGCUGCUCCAUGCUUCCCAGUUAUUACGAGCAUCAUCACUGGGGCAGGAUCGAUAUCGACGUCGGUACUGGGUCCUGCCCCAUCUUGGUGGGAUCUUUGUAGAAGGUUGUGAAGUCUCAACAGCAGGUUCCCCUGAGGUGUCAAAGAACACACUGGAAAAGGAAGAGUCUUUAAAGGAGGAGGAGCAUGAGGCAUCAGCAGUCAAAAAGGAGGCCACAGACACACCCUCAGCUGUGGAUUACAUGAACUGCACAACUUCUCGAUCAUGGAACCGGCCAUGGAGGGAUAGUUUGGGGGUGCUGCCUGCAGAGCCCCUGGAGUCCAAGUUGCCAGAGCCUGCACCCAUGCCCAUCAAUGGGCUUUUAGAGGAUUCUGUGUCCCUGGGCCAGUCCCAGCAUGACCUCAGUCAGUCAGCCUUCUUGUCCUGGCUCAGCCAGACACAACAGGCAUCUUCACUGCUUAACAGCUCUGUGCUCACCCCAGACAGUAGCCCUGGCAAAGGGGACUCAGUACCCCCAGAGGAGCUGCCAGACUCUGCUGCAGAAGAUGAAAGUGUCCCAGAAACACAGAUUGCCUGGUUCAAUCUGCUGCCCAGGGGACCCUGUAAUGACUUUCCACUUGCUACCUCCACUGAACAACCCUCUCUCAAAGCUGCACCCCAAGAUUGCAAGGCUUCUGCCAGGGACCAGUCAAAGGCCUCAGCACGUCAGCUGAAUGGCCUCUCCACCACCAGCCCAGCAUUGCAACCACUGGCCUCCACUCCUCUCCAUUCCAGUUCCAGGAUCCACAGUACUUGCUCCAGAGCCAGAGACAUCCCCAGUAAAACCCAGGAACUUCUAGGGCAGCCAAGACGACGGGGCCGCCCCCCCACUAAACUCUUCAAACAAAUUGAGCAGAAGUACUUGACACAGCUGACAGCACAGCCUAUACCUCCAGAAAUGAAGAGUGGUUGGUGGUGGUUGCAGGAUCCAGAAGAGCUAGAAGCUGUGGUGCAAGCACUACACCCACGAGGGAUCCGUGAGAAAGCCCUGCAUAAGCACCUUAUCAAGCACAAGGAUUACCUACGGGAGGUGUGUGCCCGAGCUGCCAAUGAUCCCAUCUUCCAGACUCAUCCUGAGGGUGCCAGCCACCCUGUCUCUCAGGAAGCCUUGGCCCAGUGGUCGAUGGCUGAGCGGGCCUUUGAGACAGACCUGGCUGUGCUUCAGUGGGUGGAGGAACUGGAGCAGCGGGUACUCAUGGCUGAUCUGCAGAUCCGAGGUUGGACAAGUCCAGAUCCUGAUUCUGUUCGAAGUGAUUUGCAGUACUGUGAGCGUGAGCUGGAGCUUCUGGAAGACAUCACCGUAAAAAACCGACGUGAAGGACCAGCCCUGCAGCGGGAAGCUUCUCACCCCCUAGACCUAGCAGUGCUUCGCCUGGCAGACCUGGAGCAGAACCUGGAACGGAGAUACCUCAAAGAGCCCCUCUGGCCUCCACAUGAGGUGGUGGUAGAAAAAGCGUUGCUGAGUAACCCCAGUACCCUGGAGAUGGGUACCACAGAAAUUGCAUAUGAGAUCACACCCCGAAUGAGGAUGUGGCGCCAGACCUUGGAAAGAUGCCAUAGUGCGGCUCAAGUCUCUCUGUGCAUCUACCAGCUAGAGCGAUCUAUUGCCUGGGAGAAAUCGGUUGUCAGAGCGACUUGCCUAGUGUGCCGAAAAGGGGAUGAUGAUGAGAACCUGCUGCUAUGCGAUAGCUGCGAUCGUGGCUGCCACCUCUACUGCCACCGGCCCAAGAUGACCGAGGUGCCACCUGGGGACUGGUUCUGCUCCCUCUGCAUUGCUCAGAUGCAUGGAGAAUAUCAGGAUGACUCUGGUUCUCCACGACGCUGCAAGAAGCGGAAAGGUGGUAGUUCUGGGGCUUUUUUGGGGAAGGAAGAACUCAGCCCUCGAUCUCGGACAGCAGCAUCCCAGCAGCGCAGUAACCUGACAACUGUACCACCCCGAUACUCUGGGGAAGGCCUCUCUCCCUCCAAGCGAAGAAGAGUGUCUACACGAGGCCAGAACGCUGACCUCACCUUCUGCGAGAUCAUCUUGAUGGAGAUGGAAUCACAUGAAGCUGCUUGGCCCUUCUUGGAACCAGUUAACCCCCGGCUCGUGCCUGGCUACCGGAAAAUCAUCAAGAACCCGAUGGACUUUGCCACCAUGAGGGCACGGCUGCUGCGUGGCGGGUACACAAGUUGUGAAGAGUUCGCUGCUGAUGCUGCCCUGGUGUUUGACAACUGCCGGACCUUUAAUGAGGAUGAAUCAGAGGUGGGGAAGGCAGGACUGGCUAUGCGCCAGUUUUUUGAGAGCCGGUGGGAGGAAUUUUAUCAGGGAAAACAUGAGACAAACCCAUGAAGCUGGCAGAAUGGGGAAAGGUGAGAGGAGCCAAAGGGGAAGCCCUCCCCUUUCACCCUGUGCUGCACACUGUCUCUUCUGGAGCUCAUCUUGCUACCUGCUGAUUAAUUUUCCCCUCACAAUGGACUUGGAUUGGCAUUUAAGAUUGGGGGCGGCCUUACUUACCGCCUGGAUCCUCAGAAGCCCUUUCCUCACCUCUUUGCUCCAAGCAACACAAGCUCUCUGACUGUGUAAGCCAAAUAAAAAAAUUCCUUUUUUCAGAUGGAAAAACAACCACCCACAACCCCACCUUAGCUGGGGCUAUUUAAUAAUAGCAAUAGUUCUUAGUGAAUGUGUAAGAACACUUUUUUCUGUGCAGUGUCAGUACCAUGCAUUAAUGGCCAGUAACGUGGACGUUAAGUUUUCCUCCUUUUUAGAGUCGCGUUGAAAUGUAUAAAAGCAGAUCGCUCCUGCCUCUGGGAAUGACGACCUUGAUGACACUGAAACAUGCUGCUUCUAUUCUCCCCACCCCACUGGCCCUCCCAGUCCUGUCCCCCUCAGCCCUGCUUUACCUCUUCUGAACAGUCACUGUAGCUGUGGCCAAUUCCUUUCUCCAAGUUCUUAAUUUCCUUUCUGCAACCAAGAGUAUGGCUAAAAGUUGACGUGCAUUUAGGGAUGGAGUGGGAUGUUGCAGGACUAUGUCCAUGUGGGUACAAGGUGUGCCCCCUCUCAAGGAUCUUACCCUUUCCAGCCUCAUAUCCUGUGUUCAACCGAGAUGUGCGACUUCAUUUGAGAGGUGAUCUUAACUCAAGCCCUUUGUGUGAAAGGGGCUUCUUCAGUCCCCAGGUUUGGUUAACCUAGAUCAACAUCCCAUUUGCGCACACCUGCUCAGAGUUGGUUUAUUCCAGAUUUUGUUUCUAAGGGAGUUGAACAAAAUGGGAAUAAUCCGGAACAAGUGUUCACCAGGCAGGCUAUAUCAGCUAGAUCAUACUUUUCUCUAGGCAUGCAAACCGCAGGUAACGCUUUCUCACUAUCCCCUCCCCUCCCCUCCCCAUCCCAGCUUCAGCAGGGGCAGCUCUUGAAUCCAUUGUGGCACCCCUAAGCAUACUUCUGUGAGAAUGCAGCUCAUGUUCCCUCUGAUUGCAAGUAACAUGCUGGAAUGUAUCAUGAGGCUGCAAGGGACUCCUGUGAGGCUAUAGGAGCUUGCAGGCGUGGGCACGAGGGAACGUGUGUCUUGGGAGGAGGGACCGUGUUUUUUGAAGCCUGCUCCCAGCUCCACAGGGAAUCCUGUAACAGAACUCUGGCCUUACUGAGUGUCCCCCCACCUUCCCCGAACUCGGCCCCAGUGUUAUUCCUCAGGGAUGGCUACUGUCUGCACAGCUUGAUCUGCACCCAGUGUGUAUGUGUGGCUGGCAGGGUUGUUUCCUGCCUUGGAACAUGACUCCCAGUUUAUCAUAGGUACGUCCUCGCCGAGAGAAAUAUCAGCUUAAUCCCAUGAGAAAGGAAGAAGAGCAGCCCUUCCAUCCUUUCAUGCACAGGUGACUAGCGCAUCACUGGCCUUCCGUUCUGGCAGCCCCCACGGUGUCCCACACUGCCGCCGCCGAUUUCCCAAAGCUGUGGCAAGAAUUGCAUCAAUUUAGCCAGGAAAAAAGGUGUGCACAGAGCACACGCCCUUUUCCUUCUUAAACAGGUGCAACUUUCACCGCUGCAGCAGGGGUGAAGCGCAGCCCCCAGUGCAGUUCCUUGACCCCGGAAAUGGCCUGAUUAGAUGGUUGUCAGAACCUCAGAUUCAGCGAAGCACAAGGUGAUGGAGAAAGGUCACUGUCAUUCUCCUUGGUGGCGUGUGCCUGUUUCCUGACAGUGUCUUACUGGCCGCAUGUAAACUGCAGCUUCCUCCAGUUACCAUAACUGGGACUCAGUCGAGGCACAACUUUGGACAUGGCAUUGCAAGUGGAGGCAAAGUAGCAACGUGUGAGGAGAUGCAUAUCCCUGCAGACAGGAUGUGCAAGUUCCCGCUUCGCAUAGUUAUACUGGAAGUAUGACAAGAGGAAACGAGACUAAAUGGUCCCCUUUUGCGUAAUGCCCAGAAUGGUUCUCACUCUAAAGAGCUGGAGCUGCUCGUAGGUAUUUGUUUCCUUUAGCUUUUCUCCACAUUUUCUAAGUAGUGUUUAAUCCCCAGAUUAUGCACACAUACAGAUCCCAUGUGAAUGCUCAUAAUAUCUUAGCCUUUCUUCUCUUCCCUCUUGGAAUGCAAUUUCAGGUUUUUUCAGAUGGGGAAGCCUAAUCAUAAUUGGUCUUAUCCUUACUGAUUUUCACACUUAGGCAAGGGUAUUUGCUGCAACUAAGUCGUGCCAGGGCACCCAAGUUGUGAACUUGUGUUUAAAGAGCCCUGCUGCAGCCUCUGCUCAGACAAGCCAUGGGUUUCUAGCUUUAGGGAGUGAUUGAACAGCAGGCGCAAGCCACUGGGACCUCGCCUGCCCACGCUCCGCAGGAUGACCGGGACACGUGCAGACCUUUCAUCCUCUGGCCUGUGCAGGUGCUGUCCUGGUGGGCCGUGGCCAAGUUAAGUGAGUUGGAGGACAACUCUUCUCCCAUCGUGCAUCCACAGGCAUUUGCACCUGCACUUCGCAGGUUCAGACAGUUGUCAUAGAAGCCAGACAAUCUGCUGUCCCAUCACUCGCUCCAUUUCUCUGUAAUUGAAUGACACACGGGAAGGGUAGGGGUCCCAGCAAAGGCUUUCUGAAAACAGACAAAAAAACCAAAAACUAGGCCUGAAAAGAAGAGUCCCCAGGGGAGCCAGUGGCCAUCUUUACUGUUCACAAUGCAAUAUCUCCCUACCAGUCACCCCCUCAUGGUACAUGGGUGCCUCCUGGCAGGCCAUAUCUAAGUACUUCCGUGGUUCAGGAGUGCCUCACACAGUGGCUGCUAGGGGGCUGCCGUCUAGGGAAGCGAUUGCUUGAGCUCAACUAUGUUUGGGACCAUGGACUUCGAGGCCCCUCUUAUCCUAGACCGCCUCAGCUGCCUGCUGCACUGGAACAAGGGCACUGCUGUUGCUCGCUUUCUCCAGUCUCUCUUCCAGAAUGCUGGCCCAGUAUUCCUCAGGCCGGCACGACUGGGACUAACUGGAGAAACAGCCUGGUACUUUCACUUUUCUUCCGCCACUUCAGGUGGAUCAGAGGGGUAAAAAGCCACCCCUGGAACCUUAACUCCCUUGCUGCUUUCCAUAUCCAGCCUAGCUCCUCAAACCAUUGUAAUUACGGGUAUCACUUAGGGGCAGAAAAACGGCUGGCAGGGUCCCAUCAGGAAAUGGCUUUCCUCCCUGAUAUCCUACCUGUGCUAAACCUGACUGAGGGUUGCGUGCGUGCGUGCUUCCCCCAGCCGCGUCAACCAAUCCAAUUGCAAGAGCACUGAUGUAAGUAAAACAUAACCACAGGUGAUGUAGCCUGGAGACUGAAACCUCCCUUACUGUGCUUCCUCCACCCCUAACUCACUCCUUCCUCCCUCCCACCUCCCCGCCAUGGUUUUCAACAAACGUAGCCUUUUUCUAUCAAAUAACCUCAAACUUUAUUUUAUUUUAAAUUUGGGGAUUAUUAUUUUUUUUGCUUUUAAAAUAAAGAGAUAGAUUGAAGUCUAUUUGAAACUGACUUUAUAUUAUGCAUAAAUAUUUAUAUUUUAUCUAAACUUGUGCUGUAACAACUUCUUUGGGUUUUUUUUUUAAGUAAUGUUUUUCUGAUCUGUUGGGGUUUUUUUUCUCAGUCAUGAGAAAGCUCUAGAUUUUGGAAGUGUUAAUUGUUGGGUUUUUGUUUUGUUUUGCUAUAGAAAUGUUGACUUUUUAGAUUCAAACCCUCACACCUUAAAAGAAUGAAUCCAGGUUUGUCCUAAUAUUGAUCUUCAUUAGGGGAUUUGGUCUAUCAGUCAGUUUAUAAAAUACCUUGUUGUUUUCAAAAGUUAAAUGGAUUUUUAAACUAAAUUUGAGAAUCAUAACUAGAAUUGGCCUUAUUAUUUAACCAAUGGCUUUUUCUUCCCUUUCAUCUUGAUUUGAUAUCAGAAAGGAACCAACCAACCCAUCAUCCUGUGAGAUGCUCUGAACAGCAUGAAGGGGAGGGGAUCAAACUUUUUAUAUGAAUAACCAAAUGUGUUUGUUUUAGUGAAUUUUUGAUAAUGUACAGUUUUUUGUGAAUUUAAAUUGAUUUCUUUCUAUAUUUUUAGGACCAACCUCAUUUUUAAUAAGGUUUAAAAGGAAGAAAAAAAGUCUAGAAUUCCUGUUUGUUUCCUUGUGAUGUUUCCACAAGUACAGAUGUUAGAGUGCUUGUCAAGUUUCAAAGAAUAAACAAAAACCAAUCCACGUUUGAUAGAGAAGAA